AUGCAGGGACAGCCCUCUACGCCGUCUACAGGCAAAGGGUCGGGCGCGCUCGGCCGCUUCCUCAACAAACUCCGGACGCCCUCUUCAGGAGAAACACCGCCCGGUGCUGCGUCGUCGUCGCCUCAUGAGGGCGGGCCGCGGUCCUCGUCGCCAUUUGGGUCGCUGAUGGGGCGGAGGAGCAGCAGUAGGGCGUCGAUACGGACAUUCGACAGCGCGCACAGCUCGAACAGCCCCCGACCCCCUCCUCCUCCCUUUCCCGCCUCGCUCAACGCCAGCUCGACCAGCCUAGCCUCUGCCAACUCGCCACGAUACGCGUCCUCCUUCUCCCUCGACGAUGAGCUCGACCUCGAGUUACCAAGCUUCCACGCGCCGUCAAGCGGGCCCUACUCCUUCGGCGGGUCUCCUGCCAACUCCUCGACCGACCUGACCGCCCUGCCACCUCCGCCACAACCCUUGUCGUCGGUUUCACGACCAGGGACGUCCAUGUCGACACGGAGUCGAACAGAAUCAGCAACGCAGGGUACGGACUGGAAGUCGUCGCUUUCUUCGGCGACAGGUCGAAGCGUGGGACGGGCGCCGCUCAGCUCCAGCAUUGCUGAUGGAAUGGCGGACGGAGAGGAUGACGGCGAAUUGACGCACAAGGUGCCUAAGCCUUCAGAACUCAUCCCUCGCGCACCGCUCACUCGCCUGCCGUCCAACGAUGCAUCUUCCGCGCACCCCUCUCUCGCUUCAACCUCGACCACCCCUGGCUUCGGCCGCGCAGGCUUAUCAAAGUCCGCAACUUCCACCUCGACGACAGGUCACUCGACAAGCGGACGACGCUUCUUUGGCGCUCGGUCGACCGGCACGUCUGGCGUCGUCGGCCGAGCGAGGCGCGUCGUCCCCCCUGCAGGCGGUGUCGCAGCUCCGCAACUUCCCCCGCCUAUCCCUGUCGUCUCGGCAGCCAGCACCGCCGGUAAUCUCUCGACGAACACGACGCCUGAGAGUGCCGGAACGCUGAGCGAGGCGGAGAGGAGUUCGACAAGCGUUUCGAGCAGCCGGAGGGAUGCCAGUCCAGGCGCAAGCGAUGUCAGCAGUGCGACGCCGAGUAGAGACUCUUCUCCCGAAGUCGAGAGCCGUCCGCCUCCACCUGGUCGUCCACCGAUGUCGCCAAACGGUCACGGCCGCUCUCGCUCGGAGAUCCCGCCUUCUUCGCCUCAGAUGGUCCAGCCCGUCGACCGCAAUGCCUCGACAGUCACUAUUGGCGCCGGAAGCUACGGUCACAGGUCGGCGGCUUCGACCCGCCCUGGUUCCUCAGUGGGUCAUUACAGCGGUUCCGACGGCGCCGACACGUCGCCAGACGCCGGUCAACUCGGCGCCGCUCGCAGUCAUCUCGCUCGUCAGCGGUCACAUCUCGGUCUCGGAAGUGUCGCCGAGCAACAGGCUCUCGGCAGCACGGCGUUCCGGAACCGCUUCCUCAACAGCGGAUCGUCCGCGUCGCUCUCGUCCAUCCAGUCGUCGAACAACAACUCUCCCGACCUCGGCUCAAUGUCGGCUCUCUCCUCUUCAUCCUCGCGCGCCUCGCCUCCCUCCUCCCUUGGCCAGUCGCACAGCUCGACCAGCUCGGCCGGCGGCUUCAAGCUCGCACCGAUGGGCUCGUCGCUAAGUCGCAAGAACUCGAUCUCGAUGCUCUCGGCAGUCACGGAAGGACAGCCAGUCUCGACUGCCCGAGCCGCCUCUCUUGACAUCCGCCGCGAGACGGUUGCGCACCGAGUUGCCGGUCAACUCGCUGACGGAGGCGCGCACGCUGGUCGCGCAAGUCUCGACGAGCGCAGGACCUCGCCUCCUCGCGACACGAUUGUUCCGUAUUCGCACCGCAGGACUACUUCGCGAGGCGGCGACCCCAGCAUCCUCAGCGAGUCUGGCGCCUCGUCGAGCACGCAUGGCGGUACGACGCUCGUCAACACGGCAUCGACCUCGUUGCUUAAGCGCAGCAACAGCGAGACGAUCACGCAGGGAAUGGUCCACCAGCCGCAGGUAUCGGCUGCUCCGCCCGUCUCAAGCAUCGCCGUGUACCGCGACGAGCCGCAACCGCAGCAGGCGCGCCCGCCUGUCGCUCGCGUGCCGUCAGGCGGUUACCAGCAGAUGCAGUACCAGCAACCACCUAUCGCCGAGAUCCACCCCGACCCGAACCAGCCUCAGCAGCCUUCCUACGAGCAGCAGUACCAGGAUGAGAACGCCUACGACGCUCGUUACACCCACUCCGCUCCGGCACUGCCACCCGCAUCUGUCCCGCCUCAGCAGCACGCCGUACCCGCCUCUGCCGCCCGACCCGUUCUUGCCGAAGUCAACCGUGGCUAUGCUCCGCCGCCUCAGCCUCAGCCACUCGGUACGCAGCAGCGACCGACCGGAACGCUCUAUGCGCCCUCGACAGCGCAGAAAGGCGGCGACUACCAUGUUCCGUUGCGAGAUCGCUCGCCUGGCGUUGCCGAGGUCACGCCCAGCGUCACGGUCCAGCAGGCGCACUACCAGAGUCGACAAGUUUACCAGCAGCAGCAACAGCAGCAGCAGCAGCAGAUGCAGCAGAUGCAGAUGAUGGGUUUCACGCCCGGCGACGCUCAUGCUGCCGAGAAGCGUCUGCCGAAGCCUAUCUGGGUGAACGGCAAGGCGUACAACAGAGCAGGCAUCCUCGGUCGGGGCGGCUCGUCCAAGGUCUAUCGCGUUAUCACCGACCGCAACGAGGUGUACGCGCUCAAGAAGGUCGACACUCGCAACGACUCGGAGUCGCGAGCGAGCUUCAUCAACGAGAUCACCCUCCUGCGGAAACUUGCGGGCAAGCCGGAAAUCAUUCAGCUCGUCGACUCGGAAAUCCAGGGCAAGUAUGUCAUUAUGGUGAUGGAGGCCGGCGAGACCGACUUGAACUCGCUUCUCGCGAGUUACGCCGGCAAGCCAAUCAGCCUCAACUUCAUUCGCUACAUCUGGGAGCAGAUGCUCUCGGCCGUCCAGGUCAUCCACGAGGAGGCGGUCGUCCACAGCGACCUUAAACCCGCCAACUUCGUCCUCGUUAAGGGUCGACUGAAGCUGAUUGACUUCGGCAUUUCGAAGGCGAUCGCAGCCGACACGACCAACAUCGGCCGCGACCAGCAGAUUGGAACGGCCAACUACAUGCCGCCCGAAGCGCUCAACGACACCGGUCUCGGACAAGGCGGGAAGAGGCUCAUGAAGCUCGGUCGCGCUGCGGACGUCUGGUCGCUGGGCUGCAUCCUGUACCAGAUGGUGUACGGCGGGGCUCCCUUCUCCCAUCUGCGCGACAUCGCCAUCAAGAUCGCCGCGAUCUCGAGCCCGAAGACGCGGAUCAGCUUUCCCGAGUACGCUGUCCCGAUCGGCAAGCGGGGCGAGGACCUGAGUGAACACAAGUUCCUCGUCGGGCCCGACCUGCUCUUCGCCCUCAAAAGCUGCCUCAAGUACGAUGCGAAGCAGCGAGCGACGAUUCCGGAGCUCCUGCAGCAGCCGUUCCUGCGACGGUCGGGAGACGAGCAGGCGCCGGGUGCUGUGCCGUCCACGAAGUACCCGUACAUCAACGAUCGCUUGAUGGAAGCCGUCGUCAAGCACGUCGCGGACAAGGUGCACAAGGCGCCCAAGGGCGCAUUGACGGAGGCCGACAUCAUGGACGUCGCACAGGGCUUGCUACAGCAACUCUGGGGCGUACAGGAUACCCUCCGACCUUAG